UCCAGAGUCUUGUCGUCACUAGUGAAUAUAAUCCUGUCGUGUUAAGUGCUCACAAGACCAGUGAAACAGACGACCAGUUAGAAACAUUUUUAAGUGUCUCAGAAUGCAGGAGUUACGAGUGGUUGUGAUAGCGGUGGUGGGAGCCGUCUUGUGCCAGGGGGCUGCGGUCGUCGACACAAUAGACGUAGAUGUGGUGGACGUCUUACCUGAGAGUCCUAAGUCACAAAUUAAACCCUUAAUUGACGGAAUCACAGGUCGCACCUUCUCUGACUGGGGUAAGUCAAUCAUGGAAUGGAUGGGCUACGACUAUGACGACUACGAGGACUACGACUACCAGUCCGUCUAUUACUACGCCCCGAGCGCUUCUGCACAGGCGGGAUACGGGCUACCCUUGGUGGGCUACGAGUCGCCGUCGGCAGGAGGUCAACAAUCCUCCUACAGUAGCUAUGCGCCCGUGCAGGUCGUCCACCGCCCACAAUACUUCCAACAUCCUGCCCGUGAUGACAGCUUCGACGAUGAUGAAUGGUCGUUCACGGACAUGAUGUACAACGUGGCUGUUACCGUCAUCCCCGUCGGCCUCCUCCUCUCCGCCCUCCCCACUGGGCUCUUCACCCUCGCCGUCAGGAGACGGAGCCUGGACGACACCAACCUCCUGCAGGAUCAGUUCGACCCGUCUGAGCUGCCGUUGUUGAACACCCUGGUGGAGAACAACUUCCUCUCCCUCACCUCCCGCCAGUGUCAGGAGAAACUGUUCUGUGAGCUGUCCCUCCUGGGGGAGCACGAGGACGCCUCCUUCCUCCAGAAGACAUUCUACUACCUCGCUACACUGACCCCAGACUUCGUGGCGCGCAAAGCAGGUUUGGCUCGACUGUUUAGGACGUCCCGCGCCGGCAGCUGCAGCAUGUUACGCUGUUCCGCCACGCCAGAUCAAAGACCUCCCCCUCUGGCGUCGCAUCAGCCACCCACCGACACUAACCGUAUCUCUGAGGCAGUAACCAGCCCCGAGACGGAGACCACAGAGACGGCUAAAGAAUGAUAACAUACCGUUGUUGUCGCCCGCCUGGGUCUUGGUUAACAACAACUGUCCUUCCUCAGCUGACUCUCCCGUGUAAACAUUGCUUGUUUUGUUGUGAACAUUCCACCUUACUGACUAUGGUUGUGUUGCACGCGUACACAGCCACGGUGGCGGGAGAGUCACUUCCUCCAGACGAUAAAAACAGAAGAAAGCAAAUGCGUGUAUAACGAAAUUAGUCGUGUUUAUCAUGGCACAUCAGCUGACAGGGCUAUAGGUUGUGGGGACGCCGCGUGCCACUCACCCCUCCCAUUACCAGAGUAUUAGUAGAAACUUCUCCCAUAUUUAUCUCUAAUCAGGAGUAAAAAAAAAAUGACUUGUCCUACUCUAGAUGGGCUCCGUUCUUAACUUCCAUAAUGAACAGGUAACCGAAAUGUUUAGUGACCACAAGACCGAACAUCCGGACCGACCUGGAGACCUCUGACCUAUUUCUAACUGUGCCAUACGCGCCAGGCAUUCUUAAACAACACUUGAGUACCGUAACAUCACGCUCAAGCUUGCAUGAAACUAUACGUCGCUCAAUAAUAGAGCAGAUGAUCGCUAGAGAACCUCAAGUUGUGUUUGAGAAUCCCGGCUAGACUCUUACGACUGUGAUACUGUACCACUGACCAGCUCCCUCCAACACUACAUUAUUUAUUUAGCGUUUCCUUCUUCAAGCACACGUUCAUUUCUUAUUUACAUUACGUAUCAAGUUACAAUAUGUAAUAAGUAACUAAAUAUUGGCUGUGUUAGAGAAAUGUAUACACACCUUGCCUUACAGGUUGUCAAGAUGGCGUGAACGCUUAUAUUGUACACCACCAACACAGUCCUCCCUUGUUGAUGUGAUGCAAGUAGUCCCGCGAUCUCCACGAAAACAUGUAUGGAAGUUACAUUUUUUGACAUACCCUAUAUUUUGUUCUCAUAUAAAUCAUUAAAGUUCAGAUAUGAACGUGUGUAACUCCUUGAGACGUUAAUAGACUAGUUACUGUAUGUUGUUAAAGCCUCUUCACGACAGACGCUCUGCUCGUGUAGCUCACCCACUAGAUUUAUACGUUAACUGUAGAUAGAAUAUUUAUUUUUAUAUGACACUUUCUUCGACUUUUUUUGAGGCUGGACCUCAGCGUAUUGAAACUCAGGCUCUUCUUCCUUAACUUGGUUUACAUUUUUAAGGUUGCUCAAGGACAAUGAACGCAGGGUGAGGCGAGGGCCCAGUACCGCGUCUCCAGGGAGGAAAAUAGCCUUCAAAGAAAAAGAAAAUUUCACUAAAUUCACUCUGUAAACUAUUCACUUGCAUUACCGCAAAUAAGUAAAUAUAACCCGGCUGUAGCUAUUGUAGUAAUGGUUGAAAGAAGAUAUAACCCAGUGCUUUAAGAGUGUAAACGUUUGUGACAGUUGUCCCUGGCAGCCCUCGUACUUGACCUCCGCCCGCCCGCACGACCACUUGACCACCACCUACGGGUAGACGCGCCGCCAAAGACUUAAUUUUAACCCAGGACUCUCUGUGUAUAUGACACAUACUUCCGGUUGAGCUAACUUGACCUAAUGUAUCUAAUUUGCUCAUAACUUUUCAUAUAGUUAACCAUAGGAAAAUAACCAAAUUAACUUUUGAAUUAUCAAAACACCUCUGGUUAACGUGUUUUCAUGACAGUGAAUCUGUAACUGUUCUUUACAAUAACGUAUCAUCAGCAUAUCUGGGUGCUGUUAUUUUAGACAGACUCGUUAAUAAUCAAGUUAGCUCUCCUGGAUACAGUUCACCUAGACGGACGCUGAGUUAGCGCAGAAAUAAUGUUGGCGUCAUCUUCUAGUCCCUCCAACUUCUCGCUAGUCUUCCUUUAACGACAAAGACCGCACAAGAAACUUUAUUAUACAGACUGCGGACCAAAGACUCACUUCCUAAUUUUAAGUAAUGUUCACAAUAUAAUUAUAACUAACCAUUUACAUAGGUUAUUCCUUAUUUUUCGUUAUUUCGUGUAUACUAAACCGACAAGAAUGAGGCGUCGCCUCUAUUCUUCACUGACUUCGAUACUCCAGGAUUUAACAGACAAACAUUUCUGACCCUUUACACUGCAUAAGAAUCAGCCUAUGGCAUACAGUGACAAGCAGUUUGACCCAGACAGUAAACAUGUCACAACGUUUAACCUAACACAAGACAAAUCGUUGUUAACAUUCUGCUGUCACAAAUUGUUUUAGUUUAUUGCUAACUAUACACAGUAAUCAAAAGAUGCUGCUUUGGCGUAACAGACAAAAUUCUCAAUAUGCUUUAAUUUUACAAUAACGCCUCUGACAUUUUCUGACCUUACAAUCAUUACAACAAUUUUGAUCGUAAUAUAGAGUUUUGACUUAACAUACAAUACUGACAGUGUUUCCACCUUCAACACAGUAUAAUCCCAAUCUUUAACUUACAAAUAAUUCUUCACUUAUAUCAAUUAAUUCUACAGACAAAUCCCAGACAAUUUUUACCCAAAGACAAUACUAAUAAUGUUUAAACCUUUGAUAUAUAGUUCUGACUUAACAAUAUUAUCUCCUUGAGUAUAAACCUGACAUUAUAGUACUUUAGGAUAUCGUUUGGACUGUAUAAAGACACGUGACAUGUGUUGGCUAACGCUCACAUCAACUAAGACAUAUUAACUACUAAGCCGAUUUACCAAGUAACCUUAAGCACAGUACAGUUACCAACUACUUAACAAUACAGACUCCAGUUUUUUUUCUUUCUCAAAAAUAUAUAACUGACUAUUAAAGACGACCUCAUACCAAUAGCGACAGUCUAUCGCUCCGUGCCCAUAGAGACGUUCUACACAACCAAUCACCACUGACAAAACCAUACAUAGGACUAAAAUAAUUACUGAAUGUUUAUUGAGAAUAAUCCAAGUAGUUUAGACUUAAAAGACACUCAGUGAUAAUUGGCAAUUUCUUCGUGGUGAAGAAGUAUUGCCAUUAUUAACUUGGGCCGCCCGCAAAGGGAAAUCCACAUGGACUACAAUGGCAGACAGACAUAAUGGAUGAAAUAAACAGACAAUGACCAAACUUAAAGACGUCAGACACAAGACCAUCGACCUUACAGUGUGGCGAUGACAUUACUGCUGUUAGUGAUAAUGACGGAAAAAACCUGACCACGGAAGAAUAAAUGACUAACCUCACCAUAACCUUCCCGGGACAUGAUACAGUACCAGGCUUUUUAAGUUUUUAAUCAUCGUUGUACUUGACGAUUAUGUUAGAUUCCAUGAAUUACAUAUCUAACAGUUUACGAGGAAUUUAACAUAACUCAUAGCUGUCAUCUGAACUGUUUUACCGAACCACAAUACCAACGACUAACUAGAUUUCCACUAACUGGCCGAAAACCACAUCACAAGAUCAACUUACCCGAUUGACUAACUGACUCAUUCUCACAUCUUACCUGACCAAGUGAUGACUGUACCUGAAUUAAUUACCUGUAUCUAACAUGGACCUGACUCAAUAAUGUUUCCAAAGACAAAACUAAACUGAACCAACUAAUGAUUUAUGACACAAGUUUGGAUUUUUUUUUCAAAGGUUAUGACGUUAAUAUUAUCCCCAAAUUAUAUGUGUAAAGUCAUCUGAUUCUCUCAUUUGGAAGUGGUUUACUGAUGACGAAAGUGGUCUCGACAUUGCUGUACUGAAGUUACCGUAAUAUACCGUACACACAAGAGGGGGAUAAUGGCGUAUAAUCAUUGAGAAUCUGAUCUUUGAUGCUUGGCUAGUGGACGACUGUACCUCACCCUCAAAAUGAGAAAGACGUGAACUGACCUCCUCGGCUGGUGUGACGGCUUCGGCUGACUUGGCAUCCUCCGUUGACGUGACAUCCUCAGCUGACGUGACUUCCUUGGCUGACAUGACCUCCUUGGCUGGAGACAAGAGCUGCAGGCAGUUCUUGUGUUCCUGUUAUAUGUUGUAUUUAUUAAGAAAUAUUUAUUUUUUUGUUUUGUUAGUGAAAUAAAUGCAGUAUUUUAA